AUGCCCUCCUCGACCUCGCCACCGAAGCUGAGUCUCCUUCCAUCGCCCAUGCUCUCCCUCGCGCCAGCUGUCGAUCCCAGCGAGUCGCCACGCUUCACCACCUCACUCGAUUCCCCGGGUAGCGUGACGCCCCAGGAGCCUAGCGACGACGGCGCACAGGCGCAGGCGAAUGAGCAGCAGCUCGCAGGGGUCUCCUACAUGACCAAGAAGCGGACGGGCGUGAUCGAGAAGGUCGCCGAAGUCAAGAAGAAGCUGCAGGAGUCCAGCAUGUCCGGCGUCGGGGAGGAGGUGGCCACAGAGGAGCAGGUCGCCGAGAGGCUGGCCUCGUUCAAGAAGAUGGUCGAGGAGCUCGACGUGGUUAGUCAUUCCCUCGACCUGGUGACUGACCUUCGCUUUAAAGCUAACCCGACCAACGACAUGUGGUGGCGACAGCUGGAGAAGGAGCUGGAGCAGGUGCUGGCCAUGGGCGAUUCCUUCCACGUGUGGCAGUCGCAGAAGCGGCGCCUGGUCGAGAUCACGCCCCAGGGCCAAGUGGUGUCGUGCGAUCUGCUCUACCGCUCGCCGUUCGUGAACGACUGGGGUCCGAUCACGCAGCAGUUCAACUUCAAGGGCUCCCUACUAAGCUCGGGGCCCACCUACGCCUUUUGCAAGGUGAAGAUGGUUACCAAGGACGGGCGGCAGGUAGACAACCUGCAGGACGCCUCCGUCGACGAUCUGCUGUACGAAGUCAAGCUCGCCAACGCCAUCCGGUACAUCGACGAGAUCAAGUCGUUUGGCACCGCCGACAAGUCCACCCCACGAAAAGGCGCAGAAAACGUGGUCGGUGGGAUGGGCUUCAAGAUCGAGUGGAAGAGCGGCACCCGAGAGCAGUGGCACGCCGAGGACGGAGAAGGGUUCGAGCGUGUCCUCUCCUACCACAUGCGAGCCUACAGCCUACGACGCUCCAAGCAAGUCGGCCGGCUGCGGGGGCUGUGGUGCCUGGCCUGCACGCCCUACGACAGCGCGGACAAGCAGCACGAGGAAGAGUUGAUGGCGCUGUGGCAGGCCGUGUGUCCCGACACUCAGCUCACCGAUCGCGUGACGCCCCAAUGGAAGCAGAUCGGCUUCCAGGGCAACGAUCCGGCGACCGACUUUCGCGGGAUGGGCCUGCUCGGGCUGACGACCAUACUCUACUUUGCGCGCCACCACGGCGACACCCUAUCGGCCCUGCUCAAACAGGGCAGAUCCUACCCGUGGGCGUCGACGGGAAUCAACCUCACCCAGAUGCUCUUCAAGUCCCUCAAGCUCGACGAGGCGCUCAUACGAGCCGCUGACUCCUCCGAGCGCUGGGACACGCCCCUCUUCCACUUCAUGACCACCAAAGAUAACGAAGAGGAGCGAAGCCUGUUCGAGGAGGUGUUCUGUCAGUGCUUCCUGCUGUUCGACAGGAUCUGGGUGGGCAGCAACGCGGGGUACAUGGACUUCCCCGUCGUCCUCAACAAAGUGUCGCAGGUCUUCGAAGAGAUCCUGCUGCAGCGGCCAAAGGACAUCGCCGACCUGCACCGGCGACAGCAGGUGGCCGUCGAGCUGCAGGCCAAGCCACAAAGCUAA